AUUCAAUUUCCUUCCAAAACCAAUAAAAAAAAAAAGUUUUCACAUUUAACAGCAAUCAAACCCUAAAAUAGUUUUCUGUACGAAGAUCAAUCCACAAGAACAGGUAGGCGAGUAGGUAUGGGAGGGCACGGAGGUUUGAAUAUUCUUCCGCAGAAGCGUUGGAACGUUUACAAUUUUGAUAACCGUGAAAAGGUCCGUAAAGAUGAAGAAGAAGCAGCCAAGGAAGAGCAACUGAAGAGGGAACAAUCUCGUAAGCGCGACACCGAGUUCCGCAUCGAACAACUCCGUCAAGCCCGUGGCUUUGCUUCUUCUUCUCGCCAAGGCACGGUCAGUAAGGCAGCUGAGUCGCCCGAACCAAAAGAGAAGGAUACAGAGACAAAGUCGACGAAACAUAUUAAUUUGUUUGAAGGAAUUAGGAUUUUUGAUCCAGUUGAUGACAAGAAGAAUAAUAAUAAAAGAGAGUCAUUAGCAGGAAGCGGAGGAACAAGUGAUAAUAAGAAUAAGAGGGCAAAGGAGGAGCCGAAAGUGGUUUCGGCCGAAGAUGAAAAAUAUCGUUUAGGUUACGGAAUAGCUGGAAAAGGCGUUAAGUUACCUUGGUACUUAAUGGAAAAACAACAACAUGCUGCUCAUCAUAACGAUUCAUCAUCAGAUACGACACCAGUAACUGGUAGUAGUAAAAACAAGAAAAAGAGUGUGGCUGAACUUAGGGAAGAGAGAUUGAAGAGAGAGGCUCGAGAAAAGGCAAGACAACAAGCCUUGCUUCUCAAACAUCCCCAUCGAACAAGAUAUUUCCGGAGAGGGCAAGCUUAGCCUGCUUAGGUGCACGUAUUGCUGCUAAUUUGUCCAACUUUUUACUCUUCUUGCUUCCGGACUAUCUUUUAUGCUCCCGACAUCGAACCAGAACCUCCAAUAGUCUAUUCUGGGGAAUUAUUUGUGCGCUUUGUUGAUUCAGAUCCACAUGACGCUCAAGACUCAUUAAUGAACCAGGUUGAGGGAUCUCAUUGAUACCUUCGAAUGCAAAGGCUGUUGAUCAUUGUUUUUUUAGGUAGGGGUAUGUAUGUAGGCUUUCACAAUUCGCCCACAGGCAGCUCAAAUAGCUAUAUGGACCAUGUCAUACCUUCUUCCUCUAUAGGAGUUACUUGUCCGAAAUUUCUGCUUCAUGGAAGACCAUGAUGCCGCAUUAGAUAAGACAAGAUAAAAACUAUUGAAAGCCAAAAAAUAUGUAACCUGUUUUCUCGUGGCCCUUGCAAAGCAGAUUCCAACCGAAGAAAACUUCUUAACUUUAGUCUUCACAUUCCAAACUAAAUAUAAUGAGAUUAUUUUCUAGAGUCUUGACUAAUA